AUGUCGGCUUCAGUCCCCAACCCGAGUUCGCCUCUGCCCCGCGACCUGUUUCUCUUACCCAGGCAGAAUGAUGGGUUCCAAAUCCCCUUUUUUCUGUCCACGGAGGAGGAGGCCGCAAAAGUGCGACCGCCUGCGGUUGUGAAGACUCUCGAGGCACGCCUGCGGGAGCUCUCGGUGAAGCAGCAGGAAACGCUCAGGGAUUUUAAGAGACUCGUUAAAUCCACUCCGUGGUACAACGAGAACGAACACGAUGAUUGGAUGCUCAUUCGCUACCUCAUCGCCCGCAACUUUGACAAGAAAAAAUCGUUUGCCAUGAUAGAGAAAUCUGUGAAGUGGCACAAGGAGAAGGACGUUGACAAUUGGGUGUGUGAUACCUGCCUAGUGGACCCAAAUAAACAUCUGAUGCAAUUUGUUGGGUGGGACCUCCAAAGUCGUCCUGUUUGUUUCAUGACCAUGCGGUGGGGGCCGGAGCGGAAGCACCCACUCAAGCACUGUGUGAGUGCUUUCAACCACCUGGUGAAGCUCAUGCCGGUCGGGGUAGAGCAGUGGGUAUGCGUCACGGACUUUGAAACUUUCUCCUACGUUAAAGACAACCACCCCAGAAUGGCUCUCAGCGUGGUGAGCACGAUCCAGGACCACUUCCCCGAGCGCCUGGGAUUGAUGAUCCUCGUGAAUGCCCCCAGGAUGUUUGCCGUGCUGUGGGCGGCACUCUCGCCCGCGAUCGAAGAAAAAACAAGGGCAAAGGUGCUAUUCCUUUACACAAAGUCGAAGCCAAAAAUCCAAACCGAGUUUGCCAAUAUCUUUCCCGCCGCGCUCGCGGAGUACUUGUGCGAAUCCUACAGACGGAGCGAAGGAAACGUUCUUCCGACGGCCCCUGUAUGGUACCCUGCGCAGAGAAAGGAGUGA